AUGUUUCCGCAUAAACUUGGUGUAUUUAGGCAAAUAAAUUUUAGGACAAGGAUUUCUUUACAAUAUGUGCAUUCAAAGCGUUUAGUAACAACAACUGUCCAAAAUAAAAACUUGGAAUGUUUUUCAUGCGGCAUUGAAUUACAAGACAAAGAUCCUAAAAAAAUUGGAUUCUAUAUCAAGCCAAAGCCCCAAAUAAGCAAUAAAAUCACCACCAUUGAGGAUGUGAGAUACUUAUUAUUUUCUCAAGAUGUUCAGCAAGCCAAAGAGUUAACAAAAAAAUCUGAAGAGUCAAUAAUAUCACAUGAAAUGAUAGAUAAAGAUGGCAGAAAAAGAAUUGUUUGUAAAAGAUGUUCUGAUGCAUUAUAUCAGAAUAAAUACAAUAAAGAAGAAUUCCCCGCAUACACUUUGCAAGAUAUAGAAAAUAAAUUUUUAAGCAGAACUCACAACGAGACUGCAUAUAUCCAUUAUAUUAUGCCAUUAUCUGACUUCCCACACAAUGUUGACAGAGAAAUUUUCAAAUUGAGCUCCAAAUAUGCCAUUUCUAAAAAUAACAAAAGUGACAGAAAUACUGAUAAUCUUUCAUUAUUAUUAUCAAAAGGUGAUCAAUUAGGUAAAAAUGAAUUUUUUUUGAAACGCAAGGCAUUACCAUUUUUCAAAAUUUUCUUUGAAAAAUAUUUGCAUUUCAAAAGUAAUAAAAUAGUGGCGUUUUCCGCUUAUAAAAAUUGGAACGUGUCAUCUGUAUAUUCUCUUUUGAAAAAUUCUAAAAACUAUUUAAUAGGGACUGCUAAUGCUGGUAAAUCAACAUUGAUAAAUUCUUUAUUGAAAAACUAUAAAGGAUUCAAAUUAAAUUCUAAAACUUACCAAAAAGUCGAUAAUAAGCUUAAUAAGGGCGAUGAGAAUACUGAAGAUUCUAUGUGUCAUAAUACCGGUAUUUUCCAUUUACAAAAGGCAGGUGUAUCACACAUCCCGAAUUUAACUAGAAACGCCACUCCCUAUAUGAUAGACAAUGAAAAAUUGAUUUAUGACUUACCAGGCUAUACGACACAAUCGGCUUUACCCUCAGAUAUCGAAUACGAUUUAUCUAAUUACGUUUCUAAAAAAUACUGUGAUCUAAUAAGGAAAACUCAUCGCUUUGACAAUAGUAAAGUUAACAAAAGACCUUAUACUACUUUGAAAGGCACUGAAAAUGGUAAGUGCUAUACUUUAGGUGGGUUAUUUUAUUAUGUUGCGCCACCCAAUACUAUAAAUAGAGUGACUCAAUUCAUUCCUGGAGAGUCCUACCAGUUUAAAAAUAUAGAUAAAGGAUUGGAGAUUCUUAAUGAACUGUUAGAUACUAGUAAUCCUAAACCAUACAGCCAUCCACUCUCCGGCUAUUUUUAUGUAAAUAGUAAAAAGCUAACGGACAAAAAUAACUUUGUUAGACAUGUUAUUCCACCGUUUCAAGGUGGAAUUGAAAUCGUGCUAAAAGAUAUUGGAUAUUUUCAAGUAACCAGUACUGGUUCUUAUAACUAUGAAGGAUUGCAUGAAAUUUGGGUACCCAAAGGAAUUAAAGUCGCAGUUAGAGAGCCUUUAAUGAAGUUAAUCGAUUUAACAUUUGAUCGUUAUCAUGAAGCAAUAAAGGAACAAGAAACUAGCAACUGUGAAAAUACUAACAAGAAUAAUGGGAAGAAAAAGAGACAAAAAAUUCAUUAUGAUGAUUUUUUCCCAUCAGACCGUUGCAUUAUUUCAGACACUUAUCCAAUGGCACACGAAGAAGAUGGUGAUUUAUUAUUAAAAAUGAAAGAAAUUUUUUUAGAGAGGACUGCUAAUGAUAUAAUGCAAAGAAAGUAUGUUAAUGUAGAUCCGCACAGUAUUGUUGAAAAGUUACAUGAGAGGCCCGUGAAUUUGUUUUGGUAUUAUAAAAUUUGA